AGAAUGGCUGCAGAAAAUCACUCUACAGUGGUGGAGUUCAUUCUCGGGGGAUUAACAAAGCGACCAGAGCUCCAGCUCCCCCUCUUUCUCUUCUUCCUUGGGAUCUACUCCGUCACCAUGAUAGGGAACCUGGGCAUGAUGACAUUAAUUGGUCUGAGUGCUCAGCUUCACACCCCCAUGUACUUCUUCCUCAGCAAUCUGUCAUUCGUGGAUCUCUGCUACUCUUCUGUCAUUACCCCUAAAAUGCUCGUGAGCUUCUUGUCAGAAAAAAGCAACAUCUCCUAUGCAGGAUGCAUGUCGCAGCUGUACUUCUUCCUUGUGUUUGUCAUUGCUGAGUGUUACAUGCUGACAGUGAUGGCCUAUGACCGCUAUGUUGCCAUCUGCAGGCCUUUGCGUUACAACAUUAUCAUGUCUCAUCAUGUCUGCUCCCUGCUGGUGGCUGUGGUUUACCUCAUGGGGCUUGUUGGCUCAACAGUAGAGACUGGCCUCAUGAUACAACUGCCCUAUUGUAAGGACCUCAUCAGUCAUUACUUCUGUGACAUCCUCCCCCUCAUGAAGCUCUCCUGCUCCAGCACCUAUGAUGUUGAGGUGACAGUCUUCUUUUUGGCUGGAUUCAACAUCAUAGUCACCUGCUUAACAGUCCUUGUUUCCUAUGCCUUCAUCUUCUCCAGCAUCCUCCGCAUCAGCACUGCAGAAGGAAGGUCCAAAGCCUUUAGCACCUGCAGCUCCCACCUUGCAGCUGUGGGGAUGUUCUAUGGAUCCACUGCAUUCAUGUACUUAAAACCCUCCACAGCCAGUUCCCUGGCCCAGGAGAACGUGGCCUCUGUGUUCUACACCACAGUGAUCCCCAUGCUGAACCCCCUAAUCUACAGUUUGAGGAACAAGGAAGUAAAGACUGCCAUCCAGAAAACACUGAGGAGAAAAAUGUUUUGA